AUCUCGCGCGCUAUCAAGUGAUAUUAGGUAAAGAUGGUGAUCAUCAACAGAACAAACAGUUCGCCAGCCUUUUCCUCUCUUGAAUGUUUUCUUUUGGACAUAAAUUUGGAUUUCAGCCAACACCUUUUCAUCGCACAUAUUCUGACUACAAUAUUAAACUCCGUAACCUCGUUCACGGCUGCUGCCGGUAAUUCUGUGGUUAUUGUAGCAGUGUGGAGGACUCCGUCGCUUCACACACCGUCAAAUACGUUUCUUUGCUGUUUGGCGCUCAGCGAUUUGACUGUCGGUUUGAUUGCUCAACCAUGUUUUGUGAUCCACAAGAUCGGGGAACUUCUCCAAGACUACAGCAUGUACUGUACCACAAGGAUAAUGACAGAAUCGCUGGGAUACAUAACGGCUGGAACUUCAGUUUUAAUCAUGGCAGGUAUAGCGAUUGAAAGAUACCUCGCACUUUAUCUGCAUCUCCGUUACACAGAAAUUGUUACCACUAAACGCAUUUUAUUUACUGCCUCUGUUCUUUGGAUGGUUUGUAUCCUACUAGCCUCUUCCAGGCUUUGGAUGGCCGAUGACGGAGUUUUUAACAGUAUUUUAAUCCCAGUGAUAUCCUGCUGCUUGGUGUUCACUUUCUUGGCGUACACGAGAGUUCUGAAAUACGUCCGCCGCCAUGAGAAACAAAUAAACGCGACAUCGGCAGCUCUAUGCCCGGUAAAUCAUCAACUGUCAAGAAUAAUGCGAUACAAGAAAUCAACUUUAACAAUGGUGUACAUUGUGGGCAUUUUUGUUUUCUGUUACAUUCCAUUUCUGUGCGUGAAAAUUGUUCACAAGGUAGAGGGCUACACCAUAAGCGUUAAGAUAGCUUACUUGUAUGCAUCAACUAUCGUGUUUUUCAACAGUUCUUUAAACCCUCUGGUUUAUUGCUGGCGUAUAACCGACAUUCGCAGAGCUGUUAAAGCACUCUGUUUACGAUGCCUGGGAAAGAAGAAUUCGGUUGCUCCUCUAGCGUUAGCGGAACUUCGGCCAAGAAGUUGCAUGAGCGUAAGCUUUGAUGUAACCCGGCGCCCAUCGCUAAGCGUAGCGUGCUCUCAGAAAAAAAUUUCCGGGCCAUGUAACUUCGAAGGGCAUAUCUAUAAUAGGACUUAAAGUCAGCUGGUUGGUAAUUUUUCGACAAAUUGUUUGGAUAAUGCAGCAUAUAUAUCCCAUUCCCAUUCUCUUUGACCACAAGUUUCAGGGAUGAAAGAAAACAAACUUAAUAAGGCUGAAUAACAUGAAUUUCUUCACUUUUUUAAGUAGGUACAGGCGAAUCACAAAACUUAAAAAAGUUUUUUUUUUCAUGAUUAGUAAAUAGAAUAGUUUUUUUAUUUUAUUUUGGAGUUUUUAUUGUAUGUAUGCCUUAUUCAGCCUCAAACCAGCAUGAUUAACACCCGUGGAAACCAAUUUUAAUACACUUUUUUAUUAAUUUUUUCACCACGAAGAAAUUGCUGCUGAAAGCAUUACUGACAUUGAAAAUUAAAGAUUCGCCGACAAUUAAUGUUAGCUUAGUCAAGAAGACAAGAGAAUGAUCCAAUAGAAACCCGUACUAAAAGUGAAAUCGAGGGUGUUUCUUUGUUGUUAUCCACAAUAAGUUCUAAUUUUUCAUAGCGACAUCAUCUCGAGUAGACCACAAUUCUAUUGAAAAAAGCCCACUAGGUAAUUAAAAAAGCGUUUCUAUAAGAAAGUUCACUUCUUCAGCCUUCGCCUUUAUCUCUACAAGAUAUAUGAAUUUUUGGACAGGUGAACAGUAGUGUGAGUUCUGUAAAGUCUCUUUAAUUAGUGGGAGAGAGAAGAAAACAUCUAAAUCAAUGGUUUGAAGCGAAAAAACAGAAACACCUCUAAGUUUGAUUACAAGCAUUUGGUUAUGUAUUGCACUUUUCAAAUACUAUAUAAACCUUCCUUCAAGUUGGAUGCUCUGUACGUAUUUUAGAAUUGUGUAGGUAAGGUCGUAGAAGGUUGUUGUUCUCAGCACGAUUUUCUUAACUAGCGAAAAUGCAAUUAUAGUUUGACGUAUGGAAUAAGCCGUUAAUACAAAUUGGACAUAAAGAGAUUGAUUAAGUAUUGUUUAAUGUGUCAGAAACACACGAGAUGUGGUAUAGUUUUGCCAUGAUAAUACAUUUUGAUGUUUGAAAUUAAACGAUUAGUGCAAAAAUAUAUGACCACAAUUAUACAAGGACAAAUGGAAACAGAUAAAAAACUUCUGUAGAACUCUCGUGACGUUAACCUUGCGCGGUCUUGAAAAUGUUUAAAUGUGUUAAACAGACUUGUUUUUCAUAGUGAAAUCCUAUGGUUUUUAGAAAACAUUUUAUGAAGUAAAAGAGUC